AACAUCUUAUCUGCUGUAAACGUACAGCAUAACUGUGUGUCAUUGAGCUGUGGUGAGUUUGUAUCUGUCAACAUACAACAAGAAUGCACUGAGAUGACAAAGACCAAGACAUUGCUUAUGCAUGAAAACACCAGCUGUUUUGUUUUAAAUGCCCAUUCACUGCACAAUUACGCCCUCAUAUCCCAGGUCAUCCCCCACCCCCUUCACAUGGCAAUGAGCCUCCCUUAUUUGCCAAACUCACAGGAAGUACAAUUAAAAGUGGCA